GCUUUUCGCAUCUCUCCACGACCAGGUGGCUGGUAUGCCACCGACUUGCAAAGAUUUCUGAAGGACUACUUUAGCCACGUCUGCGAUAUCGCCAUGAACAUAGCCACUCCAAGCGUUUCAGCCCCAGCAACUGUUCCCGCCUCGGACCCACAUAGGUUAGUGAACGGCGACCUAAUUUAAGAUAAGUGAUCAACCUUGCCCGCUGUUGCGCGCCUUAAGUUGAAAUCGUGUUCACCUUUUUCCGAGUGGCGAUCUGCUCGACUCUCCAGAUCUUUCAUCGUCGCCAUGUUGCGCACAUCGCCUACCUUGACAGCCGUCCUUCUCGCAUGUACGAGAAUCGUUUCGGCCGACUUCGAUGAGUUCUUCUUCGCAAGCAAUGCGACCGAAUACGUUUGUCCCGGUAUCGGGUUCGCGUGUACACCGCCUAUGAUCUGCUCCCAUGAAUCUGUUACCGAUCUGUACUAUUGCUGCGCGCCUGGCGCCAUAGAUGCAGUAUGCUGGAAGGGAUCAGCGUCCUGUGAUGGUGGAGAUGAGAAGACGCCUUCGGGAAGCCAGCAGUCAUGUUCAAGUGGAGAUAACGCGUUUUGCUGCUUGAAGUCUCGUGAGGAGUGCACGCAGACCAAGAAUCAAAUUAAUGUGUGCUGGUCAACUAUCGAUAACCCCGUUGCAAACCUCUCAGACACAAAGUUGAAUGAGACUUUCUCAUCGCUUUCGUCUGCCAAGCCAAGCGCGUCUUCCUUUCCGAUCUCCCUCGCGCAACUCCAAGCAUCGGCAACACCCACUACUUCGCUUCCCGUAUCAAUGUCUGCGUCUUCGCUGUCUAGUGGAUCGGCAAUCAUACCGGCAAGCACGGCCGCAUCAGUGACCUCCAUUGUCACAGACCUGCCUGAGGCCCAACCGAUCGAUAAAAAGGGUAAACCUGGCGGUGCGAUUGGCGGCAUUGUCGGUGGUGUCGUAGGUGGUCUCGUAUUGAUAAGUAUCGCGGGCUUCCUGUUGUUCAGACGCCGUAAAGCAAACUUGAAGGGUGGUCACGCACCAAUCGCCCCCGGGCCACCCCCAUACAAAGACGCGCCCGAGGCGCAGGGGAGUCCAGUUGGCGGGCAUCACAUUCAUGAGAUGCAGGGUGGUGCGCCGGCGGAGAUGGAUGCAAGUGCCUAUCGAAGAGUGUAG